CUUACAGCAAGCUCAACAAGGACGACCCGCUCAGGCAGCACUACGAGGCCCUCUGGCCAGAGCUCGCCGCAGCCAAGCCACCAGCAGACCAGCCAGUCGCUGGAUUCAAGGCAGUGGAGGCAGCUGCUCGACGUUUGGCCAAACUCCAGAAGAAAGUGCGAUCGGCAGGAGAGCAAGUUGAGAGUGCCCAGCAGUACUUGGCCGAGAGUGAACGCAAGCUUCGUGAAGCCAUGGAAGCCUCCAUUGCAGCCGAAGAUGAGUUCGACAAGCUCAAGGCCACUGUCGGCAAGCAAGAGACACCAGCUGAGCCUGCAGCCGAGAAGCCAACUCUGGCAGCCCUCCUGGAGCAGUUCGAGCACGAGCCUGACGACUUCUACAGGUGGUCCGAGCCAGACAAGGAGGUCUGGCGGGCAGCAAAGGCCAAGGGCGAGCGGAUGGCCCAGACGGUCAAGGAGCACGAGGAGGAGACGGCGAAGCACCUGCGACUGCUGGAGGAGGAGACGGCCAGGCACCAGGAGCAACUGCGCCAGCUCGAGCAGCCCCUCAGCGAGGAGCCACCGCAUGCACUGAGGCAGCAGGGACAGCUGGCGCGGCUGUGCCCACCGGCGCCGCAGCAGCUGCCCAACCUGGAGCAGGUGCAGCAGAACAUGACAAAGCAGAAGAACGCCGAGCCAGAGUGGAGGCCCACAUUCAGGAGGCGCGAGAGAAGGUCUCGCAGGCAAGGCGCGCCGAGACAGUCGUCGACGCAGAAGGGCAGGGCGACCACUCAGCAGGGUAGCCGCCCCAAGGCGAGCGUGAAGAAGGCUCGCCGCCCGUGCCACAUUGACUUCUUCAACGUCACGACCUGGGGCUCCCAGGCACAGGGCUACCUCAUGGAGAUCAACAACACCAAGGACAGGGAUAUCAUUGGCAUUGCGGAGCACCACCUCCGCCAGCCUGCACAGAUAAGCAAGGCAAGAGCGGCGCUCAGGAGGAAUGGCAUGCACAGCUACUGGACCAAGGCACGGCCAGGAGAAGGAGAAGGCACUCGAGGAGGCACGUGUGCCAUCGCGCGAGGAUCCUUGGAUAUCCAGGACAGGAUUGCGGGAUUCGACGAGCACUACCUGCACGAGGACGGCAGUGACGUCACGGUGGUGAUCUCCACCUUGCACAAGGUCCGUUUCGCUUUCGUCUACCUUGAGUGCGGGACGGGCUUUGGAGAGAGGAAUGUCGACAUCCUCUGCGACCUGCGGGAGAAGAUGGCCGUCUGGGGAGGGCCCUGGGCAGCGCUUGGGGACUUCAACAUGACGCCGUCGGAGUUCAACAACAGUAUUUGGCCCAGGGUGCUGAAUGCUCAGGUAGCUGCGGCGGAGGAUGGCGCCCCCACAUGUUUCCCAGCAGCAGGUGAGGCCAGGUGCAUCGACUUCGCGCUGAUCUCGCAGGGCCUGGCGCCGUACUUCGACCAGCUGGAGCUGCUCAGGACCGCGCCGUGGACGCCGCACAUUAGCAUCCGCUUGAAGCUGAGGGGAUGCGACCUGGACGAGAACGACAUGGAGCCAGUGCCGCAGCUGCACUACGACAAGGAGGUCCAGCACGUCAUCUCUGACGAGCUGUGGCAGGCCACCUCCGAGCGAGUCAGCGCGCGCGCCUGCGACGAGCUGCCCCAGCAUUUGCAGCACACAGUCGCCGGCAAGAUGAUGGAGCGGGACAUGCUGGACCUAGGACAACAGUACGACCGCUUCGCAAGCACCCUCGAGCUCAGCCUGCGCGAGAGCAUCGGCAUCCCAGAGGAAGAGCGUGGACGACAUCUCGGGCAUAGCAGGCCCCCGAGCUACAAGAGCGUGAGCAUCAAGGACACCGUCACCUCUACGCCAUGGGCAGGGGUCGAAAGGAAGAUCCAUGCGUGGUGGGCGGAGAUCUCCACCCUGGUGCGGCAGCUCUCGCACCAUGAUGCCCGAGCGCAGGAGGCAGCAGCAAGCCGACUGGGCAAGACCCUGACAAUUCCCGACGAGUACUCAGGAGGUGAACAGGGCCCGCCGGCGCCUGAGCCUGGCCCCGUCAUGUCAGACAGCCAGGUAGGCCACGAAGACGGGGUCCCCGCACCAGCCAUGAGGCCAUCGAAGAGCUCGGGAGGAAGCUCGGUGGAUCGCGGCCCCACCGAGCGGGGUGAGGGCCCCCCCGAGCUGCAGCAGCGGCGUGCAGGCAGUGGGGGCGCAGCAGGAGGCGGCGGCAGCGGCUCCAAGGACAUCGCGAAUCAGCCAGCACCUGAGAAGGUCUCCCCACCUCAGGCCGAGGCGGGCGCAGCGGACCAUGGGAAGGCAGCUGGUCCCUGCUCAGAGAUGGGUCAGGGGUUUUCGCGCCCCAGGUACAACGCCACGGGAUGUGUCCCAGACCUCGACGUGGGACCAACCCACAGCAGCGCAGACAGCUGCACAGAAGGGAUGCAGAGGGGUGCCCUUCCCCCACCAGCAGGACGCAACACCAUGGACAUCCAAGAUCACGACCCCUUCGAGGAUGAGGAGGACUACUUGGAGUACCGCCAGGAGAUCGCAGACCAGGAGAACAGCGAUGGGUACCACCAGCACAUCGAGGGGCAGCAGGACAGCCUCGAGUUCGGCCAGACCGUCGCCGUCGUGCAGCUGGAUCUGCCUUCUCCCCCACCAGCAGGACGCAGCACCAUGGACGUCCAAGACCACGACCCCUUCGAGGAGGAGGAGGACUGCUUGCAGCAUCGCCAGGAGACCGCAGAUCAGGAGGACUGCGACGGGCACCACCAGCUCAUCGAGGGGCAGCAGGACAGCAUCGACUACGGCCAGACCGUUCGCCCAGAGGCAGAGGAUCCACGCGAUAUGGGCCUGCCCCCACCAGACCGCUGGAAUGAAGACCAGUACCAGCGGGAGUUGGAAGACUACGUGGCCAUGAGAGACGACUUAGAGCACUGGGCGGCCAUCUGGAUGGAUAACCUGGUCCGCACCCACAGCGGCCACCAGACGCAGCAGCAUAUUAAAACAAGAUGGCAGCUCGCGCAGCAGCUCAACCAGCCUGACCCAGGCAGGCUGAACGAAGAAGGUGCAGCCAAGGACCAGCAGCAGGCCCUCCUCACAGACCUGCACGCGAUAGCAGAGGGCGCCCUCGUGGACCCAGGGACGAUCAGCAGGGUAGCAGAGGAGGUAAAGAGCAUGGCCAAGCAGCUCACAAAGGCGGUGAAGAAGGCGUACAUCCACUGGGUGCACGACGCUGCGGCAGGCAGUGCUAAGAUGGCCCACGCCUACACCAAGGCAGCGGAGCACAGCCACCUGGAGGACAUCCUAGAGCAUGAGGGCCAGGUCACCAACCACCCGCAGCAGCUGGUGGACUUGCGCAAGGAGGCAUGGCAACGCAGGUGGACACGAGAUGCGCAGAAGGCCGAGAGGAUCCAAGAGGCGCUGGCCAAGCUGAGGCAGGCGGCCUUGGCCCAAGGGAAUGCCCUCGAACCCAUCAGCAAGGACAUCAUCGGCUCCAUCAUCCAGCACCUGAAGCGCAAUGCUGGCCAAGGAGCGGACUGGUGGAGGGCUCCAGAGCUCAAGGCCAUGGGCGCCCAGGGGCUCGAAGACUUCGUGCAGUGCCUGAUCAGCAGUGAGCAACGGGCAGCGUGGCCGUGGCAAUUCUACUUGGUGUUGGAGCUGCUGUUGGGCAAGAAGCCAGGGAUCGGAGGUGAGCGCCCCAUCGGCCUCAUGCCCAUGCCGUACCGCAUCUGGAGUGCAGCCAGGAGGCCCAUAGUAGCACCCUGGAGCAAGGCAGCGGCAGGUUUCUGGGACACGGCAGUAGCAGGCUCCUCAGCGCUACGAGUGGCAAUGCACAGACUGAUGAGGGCAGAGGCCGCCACGGAGAUGGGCUUUCAUGCAGCAGGAGUCUUCUACGACGCGGCAAACUUCUACGACAACAUAGGCCUCGACCAGCUGAUCGAGAAAGCCAGCGACCUCCAGUACCCGUUGCUGCCGCUGGCAAUGGCCGUGCAGAUGUACCUUGCGCCCAGCGCCAUCAUGGCCCACAGCCUCUUCUCGGACAUCUUCGAGCCUGCCAACAGCAUGGUAGCUGGCUGUGGCCAAGCGGUCGACCUCACCAGACCGCUCUUGUAUUGCAUCUUGGAUGCAGCGCACAGGCACCACAUCUUCGUCGUCAUGCAGCAGUACCUGGACGACUUGGCCCUGCAGGUAGAGGGUGCGCGGAGGCAGGCCAUAGACCAGAUCACGUACGUGGCAGCGCUGGUGCACGAUGGUUUCAAGCAGCUCUCCAUACCCAUCUCCGUCAAGACGGCAGUGGUGGCCUCGGACAAGGACCUCCAGACAGAAGUCGCCAGCAUCCUGGACAGCUUGGGCACCCCCAACAAGCAACCAGGUGUAGUGCGCGAUCUCGGCGUGGACACCAGCCUAGGCAGGCAGCUACGGCGACCCACCCAUGCAGCGCGCCAGGCCCAGGCCAUGCAGAGGGUGGCCAAGCUGAAGGACCUAGCGAAGACGGACGCCAGACGUGCGGCAAAGGUCUACUCAGCAGGGGCCUAUUGCCAGCAGGCCUGGGACCUGCCAGCGCACGGCAUCACGCCCACGGAGGCGAGGGCUGUCAGGGCCACGGAGGCAGCGCUCCUCACAGGCGGACACAAGGCCGGGCGCUGCACGCCCACCAUCUUCCGGAUUCAGAGGGGAAUGCAAGAGGCAGUAACACGGGCCAUCGGCGACCAGAUCAAGCAGUUCUGGCUCGCCAUAGUCGGCCGCCCGACGGAGCUCAAGAGGUACCAGAGAGGCUGGCUCCUGCUCUACGCCAAGCUGAACGCCCUGGAACCCAACCGCAGGUGGCAGCAGGUCAAGGGGCCUAUGGCAGGGGUCAUCGCGCAGCUGCUUGGGUUAUGCUGGAUACCGUGA